CAUUCGUCCUCGCAUGAACUAUCUCUCUCCUGUGUAAGAGGCUCAAGAGUGUUCAGGAUCAACAGUGACUCUAAGAAAAUAUCGCGCACAGAAGGCUCAUUGUUCCAUAAAACGCUUUCCUGAAUUUAAUGUAUAUUAAUAUUUAUACAUGCGUACACACUCACAUACAUAUUACAUACAUACAGAAAAUGAGAGAGAGAGAUAGACAUAUAUAACACUCCUUCCAAUGGAAGGUUUCUAUGAGAGUUAGGACUUUUUAUUAUAGGAUAUAAAUGUUUUGUUUCGCAUUCCUAUUGCUUUCAUAAUAAAGCAAUCUAAAGCAGCAUUUUCCUCUUCAUCAGGUGUGAUAUCUAAGUAAUAAUUGAUUCUUUAAUGUGUGUAUGUUAGAUUUUUUAUAUCAAAUAUAUAUAUUUACAAAUAUAUAUAUAUAUAUAUAUACAUAUAUAUAUAUAUAUAUUUGUAUAUGUAUAUAUAUAUGUAUAUUUAUAAAAAUAUAUAUUUACUUAAGCUCUCGCGUAAACAUUUGUCAAUACAUACGUAUUAUGUACAUCAUAGAUAUAUAAUAUUAACGACCCUUAGCAACUAGACUGUUGUGUUCCUAUGGAAGCAGAUUGUUUGAUACUCUUCUCUGUACAGUGUAUACAAAAGGUUUUUACGAUUGUUUCUACGGUUAUUUUCCAUACGAAAUGAAUAUGAAAAUGAAUAAAGUAUGCUGUGAUAAAGUAAAACGUGCAGAUAGUAUAAUUAGCAAUUUAAAUCCCGAUAAUAGCGUGACGGAGGAGGAAUUUCAGAAUUUCAUGCAUCGUGUUAACGAAGUAGGUAAGUGUGUUGUCAGGUUGAAUGACGCGUUUCGUUUGCCGAGAAACUCUAACGUGGAAAAGAAUGUCAAAUAAAAGUUCUGCUCUAACAAAUUGUUACCUGUCGGCAAUACAAUAAGUAUUUUAAGCCUUGAGCCUUAAGAAAUUGACUAAUCACAGUUAAUUAUCACUUUCGACUGUGAUUGGUCAAUUUAUUCAGGCAUAAGGCUUAAAAUACUUAUCGUAGAUCGACACUAUUACGUAAUAAAUAAGCGUUAUUUUAACGCUAGCGUAUGAAAUAAGGAAAGAAAGCGCCGGAGAAACUAGAUUUAACGUUUACAGUUUUAUCAGUGAAUUUUCUCAUUCUUUCGUCUUAGAAAACAUUGUGAAGAAAUUAGCAUCUCAUGACCCAGACGAGCAAGAAUGUGGACGAAUCUUAGCUGAUGAAAUUUUACCAAAGCAUAUUCAAAGAGAAGUUGAUGAAGAUGCAGAGGUCAAAAUUAAAACUAACCGAUCGAUGAUUAACAAAUAUUUGGCGGAUGAAGAUAACUCGGAUGAUCCGAAUAAGUUAUCGCAAGGUUAGCUCUGUUUACUCUCUCCUCGCAUUAUCAUCAAACUGGGACAAAGUAGCAUAUUUAACAUUGCCAUCCAAUCACUUGAAUCACCUUUUGUCAUUUUUUCUUCACAAAAAGCUGAUAUAUCCAGCAUUGUCAUCUAGUGGAUUUUUUGUUCCAUUACAUUACUGGAAUAAAAAAGGGAAAUAGUGACAACAGCUUCUUGAUGAAGAAGGUGGCAAAAAGUGAGCCUUUCCCGACAUCAAAGUAGCGACGAAAUGACAUUUUUUGUCAAAUUCUAAGAAUAAUUAAGGUCUUUUGAGCACAAAAAAUAAUACUCUAAUCUUAGCACAUAGCGUAAGCAACUAUAAAUUUGUCUGUUUUAUGCAAGCAGAAAUGUUUAAGAAGAGUGUGGAGGUCGAUGCUAGAAAACGGGCGGAAGAUCGCAAAGUCAGGAACGAGCGAGCGGAGACCCUGAAGAGAAUCGCGAACGGUGCAUUCAAGGAGGGCGAUUACGAGAAGGCGGUGACUUAUUUCAGCAAAGCGUUGGAGCAGCGCAAGGACUCCUCCGUGAUAUGGAAUAACCGAGCGUUGUCGUACAUGCGCCUCGGAUUAUUCGAGAAGGCGUUGCACGAUUGCGAGUGGGCCCUGAAAGUGAACGACUCGAAUGUAAAGGCUCUCCUGAAUAGCGCUAAGUGUCAUACGCAUCUUGGAAACACGGAGAAGAGCCGAGAAUACAUACGGACCGCCAAGGAGCGGAAUCCUCACUUCAACAAGUUUAUCGAAGGUAUCGUCGAGUGUAUCAACGUAACUCUCACGCUUUUGCGACACAAAAAUCGAUGUAUUUACAACCUGUUUUGAAUUUUUGCAGAAUUCGAAACAGAUUUGGCGCAAUCCAUUAACAAGCUCGACAGUGUCGUGUAAUCAACGAUAACGAAACACGGUAGAUUCUUUCUUGAAGGAACAAUAUUGCAACUAACUUUCAAGAUGUAAAACGACGUAAUAAAUAAGCGAUACGCUUGAUGCUUUGUG